CCAGAGCUGAGAUUUUAUACAGUCUACAAAGAUGCUGAGAAAUCACUCCCUCUUCUUAUGUUUCUUCUUUGUUGUAAGUGCUUCUGUGUUGCGAUCUGAUCAUGUUUUGAAAUUGGACCCUUUGGUCACAAAAGAAGAAAGGAGAACCGUUGCCUUGACGGACUCUGGACAGAUCUCAGCCAUUGAUGUUAACGAUGGCUACAGGGGCCCUUACCACAUCCAGUUCAUUACAAUGGAACCCAAUUCCCUCUUUCUUCCGGUGCUGCUUCAGGCAGACAUGGUCUUUUAUGUCCACACAGGAAGAGGGAUGCUCGAGUGGGUGGACGACAAAGACAUGAACCGUCUCGACCUACAGCCAGGUGAUGUCUACAGACUCGAGUCGGGUUCGGUCUUUUAUGUGCAUAGCCAUGCCAACCCUACCCGGGAGAAGCUUCGGAUUGAUGCUUUCUUCACUAACAGAAAUAACGAAAGUUCACAGGAAACAUACUUCGGGGCGUAUUCAACUCUCAGCGACUUGGUGCUUGGGUUUGAUAAGAGAGUUCUCCAAAUGGCUUUUAAGGUAUCAUCUGAGUUGAUAGAGGAGAUCAUGGGGACCACCAAGCCCACCUCGAUCAUACGCAUGCCGUCAAGGAACGAAACAGACCACCCAGAUUGGAGGGCAGGCAUAAUCGAAGCGGUCACAGGAGGUGGCACUUCACCUGGCAUCUACAGUAGAAAGAAAGGGACGAAGGCUUUCAACAUUCUCAGGAGGAAACCAGAUUUUGAGAACUGUAAUGGGUGGAGUGUGGCCGUCAAUGGUAAAGACUUCCGUUCAUUGAAAGGCUCUGAUAUUGGAGUUUUUAUGGUGAAUUUGACAAAGGGGUCGAUGAUGGCACCACAUUGGAAUCCAAGGGCGACGGAGGUUGCCAUUGUAACACACGGGCAAGGGAUGGUCCGGAUUGUCUGCUCGAGCGACUCUCCUAAUUGCCAAAACUCAAGGUUCCGAGUAAAAGAAGGUGACGUGUUCGUCAUCCCGCGGUUCCAUCCCAUGGCUCAAAUCUCAUUCAACAACGACUCGCUCGUCUUCAUGGGGUUCAGCACCAUGGCUAGGAAUAACCGGCCUCAGUUCUUUGUGGGGAAGAGAUCAGUGUUUCAAGCUAUAGAUGUAGAAAUCUUGGCCAUGUCCUUCAAUGUCAACAACGCUACGGUGAGACAGUUUAUAGAUUCUCAGCAGGAGUCGUUAAUACUGGAGUGUGCUUCUUGUGCUGAAGAAGAAGAGAAGAAAAUGGAGGAAGAAGAUAGGAAGAAGAGGCAGGAAGAAGAAGAAGAGAAGAGAGACGAGGAAGCUAAAAGGAGAGAGGAGGAAGAGAGAGAGGCUAGGAAGAGGGAAGAAGAACAGAAGCAAAGGCAGGAAGAGGAGGCAAGAAGAGAGGAAGAAGAGGCUAAAAGGCAGGAGAAAGAGAGGCAGGAAAGGCAGAAAAGAGAGGAGGAAGAGGCAAAGAGAAAAGAAGAAGAAGAGAAGCAAAGGCAGGAAGAGGAGGCAAGAAGAGAGGAAGAAGAAGAGGCUAAAAGGCAGGAGGAAGAGAAGGAAGAGAAAGAGAGGCAAGAAAGGCAGAAAAGAGAAGAGGAAGAGGAAGAGGAAGAGGCUAGAAGGAGAAAAGAGGAAGAGAGAGGAGGUGGUGGUGGAGGAGAGGGGAGGGCUUUGAAGAAAAUAUGGAAGAUAUGAGAGGGAAAAGAGCUGUGAAUAUGAUGUACGGUGCUGAUGAGAAUAAGGACACUUGUAGGUUGGUGGGUCCCAACUACUGCUUUUGUUUUUCAAUUUCCAUGUGUGAGUUAGAUAAGACAUGUUACUAGCUUUAAAUUAGAAAUGAAUAUCAUGUGUUUGUGGA